AUAGAGUGAGAGAGGCAAAACCAAGCGUGAAAGAGGGACAAGAAGAAGGAGAAAAAAAAUGUCGAUGACGACUUCAGAGGCGAGAUCCCCGGUACCGUUGUUGUUGAGAAGAGGAAGGUCUUCCACGGCGUUAGGGACGCCGGAAGAGAGAUCGCCGUCAUCGUUACUAUUCAGAAGAAGGUCGAGCAAAGAUGUGGGGAACAUAACGUCAGUUUCUAGCAAUCUCUUGCCUGCUUUUGGGACAGUCAUCGAAAACGAUAACAACCCUUCUUCCAAAUCUUUCAUCGUUCUUCCUUAUGAUCGUCGUUACAGGUUGUGGGAACUGCUUUUGGUGAUUCUGGUGGGUUAUUCGGCAUGGGCAUCUCUCUUCGAGUUAGCUUUCGAGAAAGCUGCUGAUGGAGCUAUUCCGACCGUUGAUCUCGUCGUUGACUUUUUCUUCGCCGUCGAUAUCGCCCUCACUUUUUUCGUUGCCUACUUGGAUACUUCUACUUACCUCAUCGUCGACGACCACAAGCUCAUCGCCAGACGGUACUUGAAGAGCGUGGCCUUUGUGAUGGACGUCUUAUCAACGUUACCGAUUCAGUUCAUUUAUAAAGCGAUUACCGGAAAUAUCGGACGAGGCCAAGCUUUCGGCUUCCUUAACUUGCUCCGCCUCUGGCGUCUCCGUCGCGUAGCUGAACUCUUUAAAAGACUAGAGAAAGACACACUUUUCAACUACUUCGUGGUCAGAGUCAUUAAACUUCUUUGCGUAACGAUAUUUUGGGUACACACGGCGGGUUGCAUUUUAUUCUGGAUAGCCUACCAUUAUCCAAGGCCUGUAGAUACAUGGAUAGGAUCACAAGUUGAGGAUUUCAAGGAAAGAAGCAUAUGGCUAGGCUACACAUACUCAAUGUACUGGUCCAUUGUCACACUCACCACCGUGGGAUAUGGCGAUUUGCAUGCAGUUAAUACCCGUGAGAAGACAUUCAACAUGUUCUACAUGCUUUUUAACAUUGGUCUUGCCGCUUAUAUCAUUGGUAACAUGACCAAUCUUGUUGUCCAUAGCGCUCUACGUACAUUCACCAUGAGGAGUGCCAUCAAUCAGAUACUGCGGUAUACAAAUAAGAAUAAGUUACCGGAUAUGAUGAGGGAGCAGAUGCUUGCACAUAUGCAGCUCAAGUUCAAGACUGCGGAGUUAAAGCAAGAAGAGGUUCUACAAGACUUACCUAAGGCCAUAAGAUCAAGCAUUAACGAACAUCUAUUCCGCUCCGUGAUCGAGAAUGCUUAUCUUUUUAAAGGAUUCCCUGAUGGUCUCAUCAUCCAGCUAGUUUCUCAUAUAAAAGCAGAGUAUUUUCCGCCUAAAAUGGAGAUAAUAUUGCAGAAUGAGAUUCCAACGGAUUUCUACAUAAUUGUAUCUGGAGGAGUGGAAAUAAUUAGAUCCAAGGGCGCGAGUGAACAGGUAUUGGCUAAGUUAGGUCCAGGGGAUAUGGUAGGAGAGAUUGGAGUUGUCUUCAACAUUCCUCAGCCUUUCACUGUGAGGACAAGGAGACUUUCACAAGUUAUUCGAAUCAGUCAUCAUAAGUUCAAAGAAAUGGUUCAAUCUGAUGUUGACGACGCCAAAAUGAUCAUCACCAAUUUCAUGGCUUAUCUCAAGGAACUAAAUGAUGAAUUGAAGAAAGAAAUCCCUUUUCUUAGAGAUUUAUUAGCCAAUGCAGAUGCUCAGGAAAUGGUUCACACAGAAGAAUCACAACAAAGUUACAAUGAGGAGAUGGUUACGUUCUCGAGAGAUGAAAAUGAAAAUAAAGAAGAGCCAAAAAGAGAGGGAGUUCCCAAGAGAGUGAUAAUUCAUGGGCAUCCUCCUAAUCAAGAUAACAACAAGAAUGGUGAUUCCAAUGGUAGACUUAUCAUUUUGCCUGAUUCUCUUCCACUUCUGUUCGACUUAGCUGGUCAGUUUCAGUCUUUCACUACUCAUUUGUUAUUCAUCUUUAUAUUUUUGGUAUUAUAUAUACGUAUAUAUAUCGAUUCUGUAUCAGUUCUGAAGUGUAAGUUAUAUACUGUAUCAAUAUAUAUGGUGGAUGCAGAGAAGAAGUUGGGGAAACGGGGAAGCACGAUUGUGAUGGUAGAUGGAGCACAUGUUGAACAGCUUGAUGUUCUCCGAGAGAAUGAUCAUUUAUAUAUUUUCUAACUAAUUUAAUAACACUGUUUUAUUUUUGUUAUCUUUCAUAUCAUGGCGUUCCCUCCUUUUUUUUUUUGACGUGUUGAAUUAAUUCAAAAGAUGACAAUUAUAAAGAAAAAUAAUUAUAAAAUGUUGUUUCCUGGAAAUAUUUGUUUUGUCGUUUACAAUAUAUGAGCACUGGAACAAGUUCCAUCGAAAAAAUUAGAUAGAUUUAUACUCUUUUGGAUGGUCACAACAUACAAGUAAACCCUCCGACGUUAAUUGCACAUUUGAUCAAGGACCAAGUGAUUUGGAGCUUCCCCUUGACUCUCUACGCGCAUCAUAUCUCCGUAACACUUCCAUCGUCUCUAAACCUGUCAUCAACAAUUUCAAACCUC